AUGACAUCAAACGUACCUUCUGAGACAACCACGACGACGACGGCACUAGCACAAGCACCAUCAGCAAGUGAUUUAACGUUGGUGGAUUACUUUGUGCUUGUUGGACACGAUAAUAGUGCUUUGCUACAGGCAAUCGAACCAGGCGGAAGAAAUGACUUGGAUGCGACAGAGCUACUUUAUAUCCCACCUUUGGAGCGGUCUUAUGUUCCUUCAAUUCUGCACCAUUUUCCGGAAAGACGUAGCGCAUACUCGUUUCCAUCCGAAAUUGUUUCGUUGUGCAUGCCGAAAGGUUUGAAAUUUUACACGCAAAACAAUGUUCCAUCUCCAGCUAUGCAUACAUUUGCAAAUAUUCGUGAGGACGGUUCACGUAUUAAUGGUUGCGCCCUUAUUUAUCAUGAGGAGGUCAAGGAUGCUGAGCUAUGUGAGCACAUGUCGCAGCUGCAUACCGAACAUGUACGGGUUUUAACAGCUCGUGAGAAAGCCACUGAACGUGCACAUGUUCCUCCUGGAACUGUUUCUGGUGGUACACAUACUCUUCCUAGAGGAAGUCGUAAGAAUCGAGCAAAGCGAACUUCAUACUACGAUUCGGGUAAUUCUCAAUUGUAUGUGGCUAAAUGUAUCUGUCUUAUUAGUCGCAUCCCGUUUGUUUCUGCCGGUGAACAUCUAUUGACUGCAAUUCAUUCUUUAUUCACUUCGGAGGCACAACCUCCUCCACUUCCUUUGGAAAGUUAUAUCUACUGGAUUUUGAAUGAGGUUCCCCUUCCAGCUCCCAGUAGCACGCUAAAAAUAUGCCUAGAUCGUAUUGACAUUGUUCUGCAAAGACCAGGUCCCAAUGAGUUGCCUUUUUUCGAUCACGCUAUUAGUUCGUUGUUCGAUUUGCUUACUGUUGAUAAAUUUCUUCGACUUUUCACAUGUUUUCUUCUUGAACAUCAAAUAUUGCUGUGCUCCAGGAGUUUCCAACGUUUAAUGUUAGUAGCUGAGAGUUUGUGUUCGUUGGCGUUUCCAUUCCGUUGGCAACUAACAUAUGUUCCAAUCUUACCCUACUCGCAAUUAAAGUUUAUGGAAGCACCGGUGCCUUUUGUAAUGGGUUUAUGUUACGAAAACGCCAUAUCGGAGCAGAUCUUUCAGGGCAACAUGUGCGUCCUAGAUAUCGAUUCUGGUGUGCUAAAUUUACCGGAGGAUGUACCAGCAUUACCAGAUAGGGCUGAAUUUGCAAAAGAAGUUGCAAAUGUUCUUAUGAGAUAUGAAGAGCAGAGUGCGGUUCUGGACAAUGAAGAAGUGAGAAGACAAACCAGUACCACAGCAAAAGAUGACUGGUAUAAGAAACGUAUGUCCCGUUCAUUUGAUGGCGAAACAUUACCAAAUAUGCUGGAUGAGGAUAAUUCUUCCAGGCGGAUGGUGUCAAGAAAGGAUCUUGCUCCGUUGCAUUUCGAUGAUGUCUUGAAACAAAGUGAAGUUUUAGCCAGGGUUACUGCAAUUGCACAUCGUGCAGGCGUUAGCGUACCGUUUGAAAAUAUUCAGAAAGAAUUACAGUCUAAUGAUUUUUAUACAAAUUCGCCGGUGUGUAGAGAAUAUUUUAAGAAUAUGAAAAUAAAUAAUGCUGUCCGUGAAGUAUUUAUCAAUCGAUUUGCAUGGCUUCUUUACUCCUAUGAGCAUUUUGUUAUUAAUACGGCAUGUCAGGAUCUCGAGACAUAUUUUGCUAGUCGAGAAUCGGUUGCCAAUUUUGAUAAAGCGGCCUUUCUUUCCGAUCAGCCAAGUAAAAACCUACCGUUUUUGGCCGCAUUUUUAGAAACACAGAUGUUUACUUCAUUUAUUGAUGCGAAAAUUGUUUCGCAGUGGGAAACAACGGCGGACGAAAAUCUUCAAAUCUUUGAUUCUCGAAUACAAACAUUACGUACGAAGUAUGGCCUUCAGAUGGUACGUACUCCUACUUACGAGAAGGCUCCACCAUGCUUUGAUUCAGAAGAAACAAUAACAAAACGUGAAGAAGCACUUGAUUACAUUGUUCCAUUACCUCAUGAGCUUCCUGGUACGUCAGCAAAAGCUUACGAUGGUACAUUUCCGGAACUUAAUAAAGCUGUUUUGGAAGGUUCUUUUGUACGAAGUCCAGUACCAUCACCAUGGAAGCAACGGCAUCGUAGACUGCGGCCAAAGUUGUUGGAGAGUAUUAUUGUGGACAGUAACACAGCAAAUAAACAGAACUCAUAUAAAACGGAUACACCAAGGCAGAUAGCACAUCAGAACUGGAAAUUUGUCGAGCAGUUAUUGAAAGAGACUAAAAGUAAAACAAAGCGAAUGCUUGUGGAAAAAAUGGGCAGGGAAGCACUGCAACUUGGACACAGUGACGCUAUUGUGAAUGGUCUGGAAGAAAAUACUUUAGUUGCUUCAUUCUGUGAUUUACUGGAGCGAAUCUGGGCACAUGGUUCAUUGAACAAACAGGGCAAAUCAUCCUUGUGGGCCCAUAUUUUGCAUCAUCAAGAAGUUGAGAAAUUGGGAAUACUGUCUCAUGAUUCUGCGCGGAGAAAUUCAUCACUUACUCCAGCAUUUGAGUGGCUAUUAUUCCGUCGUCGCUUUGAGCGUAUAGUUGAGAUAGUGCAUGAGUCACAAAGCGAACAAGAGUCCAUGGAUGAGGGUUCAAUUAACGAGCUUGCACGAAGUAUUCGUCAGCAAUGCAUUGAUGAUCCUUAUGCGCCUGGCUGGUCUCUCCCAAUCCUUCGUGCUGCUAACUUCAUCUGUGAUAAAUUGAGUUCAAGCGUGAACAACAACGUGGAAUAUUCGGACUGGAAAUCACUAGCUCGAUCACCAUGCUUAUCAUCAAAUCCGGUUGUUUUUGGACGUUCCAGGUCACCGCAGAAGAUGUCAAGAAGGGGGGCUUUUUUGCAUAGAGCAAAUUCCUUUGGUGAUUUUGCCCCGUACUGGACUACAGCUGGAACAAAUGUAGAUGAAAAUGCAACUGAUUCGGCGCGUAAGAGGAGUAAUUCAAGAACGGCUAGUCCUGAUGUUCGACAGUUUCUUGCACCACUACCUGUACAGAUUGCUUAUGAUCUGAAGAAUAUCUUACGAAUGACAGAUAUCAAGACUGAUAUUGGUUAUGCGCGAGCCUUUGUUCGUCUCUCCUUAGAAAGGAAGCUUCUUCAUAAGCAUCUCAAAACCAUUCUUAGCAACACACAUCUAUUACAACAGCUAUAUAAACGAUAUGCCUUUCUACGAUGCGACGAAGAAAAGGAACAAUUCUUAUAUCACGUACUAUCACUAAAUGCGGCUGAAUUUAGCUGUUUUACCAACUCUUUCAAGAAAACAAAAAUGCAAUACCGUGUUUUGUUGGUUAGUCGCAAUUCUCGUUCAGUUAUUUCGUGGCCCGUGUGGAUCAUUAUCACGGGAUCGCUGUGCUCAACGACUCCAAUCGAACUGAAACAGAGCAUACUCGAUUUCACUUUCGAUUAUAGAAAUCUUGGUAUACUAUCAACGUUAAGAAUUGGACAUUUAAAUGUUUCUAAUGGCGCAUCUCCGAAAUGGUUUCUUGAUUAUGUCUUAGUGCGAAAUGAAAUAACAGGACAAAGUUAUCGCUUUAACUGUGGGCGUUGGUUUGGUAAAGGAAUUGACGAUGACUCCUUGGAAAGACUACUUGUUGCCGAAAAAGAAGCACAGAUUGCUCCUAAAGAGAUGCUGAUCGAAGAAUGUUCUUCGGAACGUGUUAUUAAAGCUUACCCGAAGAGUCGAACUCCUCCGCGAUCCCGAUCACCAAGUACUAGUCGAUCUGAAACAUCGAGUCGUAAGUCGUUAAGUAUACAUUUGACAGAAAUACAACAGCAGCUUGGAGAGGCAGUGAACGCGUUAGUGAAAUACUUCUAUUCCAAUGCGGAAGGUCGUAGUCACAGCGAAUUGACGCAGUUACUUUGUGCGCCAGGAAAAGGCUUUGUUAGCGUGAUGGUUGUUGUUUUCAUGUAUGGCCGUCAAGAUUCCAUAUGGUCUGCUCGUCUUUUUCGUUCACACUAUCCAUGGGAUUACAUCGAGAAGGUUUGCGUCUGGUUUUGGGAUUUAAUACAUAUGGAAGAUGCAAAAAGGCUGACCCGGGAGCAACGUUCUCUUAUAAUCCAGGCAUGCCGCCUUGUUCGUCGCAUUUCCUUUAAUACUUUUCUGGGGAAAGAUGGCAAAUUCCAGCUGUUCAUUCUAAUUACUGUCCGAGAUCAUAUAUUGUCGGGAUUGUUGCCGUUGAUGGCUUGGACUCCGAUAACGUCGCAGAUGUACGAAGAACCUUCUUUUUUACGAACACCGCAUCAUUUAAACUACUUAUCAAAAUUGAUUAGUUCACUUAACGAAUUCCAGUUUGUUCUGGAAAAAUCACUCAUAUAUGGCAUAGAAUAA